CGCUCACAAUCACAUGACUGGAACAUUCUGCCUCAUGACACAGUGACUCUGCUGCCAGACACUGAAUAAACGUCGUAGCACCAUUUAUGACUGACAGACACACACUCAUAUAAACGCACAGAUACGCGCUGAUCGUCUUCAGUACGCAGGCUUUAACACGUAAGUUAGUGUUCAGCGCUCGGAGUUUGACGCUUUUUCUGACGGACGUCAGUAACGUACAGACUGAGGCAUGAUGGUCAAACGGUGUUUCGCUGCAGGUGUCUGCUGGACUCUUCUGAUGGGGUGUGUGUUUGCGGCUCAUGCUGUGACGUUUGAGGUGACUGAUGGAAACUCCACCUGCAUUAAAGCAGAACUCAGCGCCAACUUCAGCAUCUCCUACAACACCACCAAUGGAACGAGUGUGGCACGGUUUGCGCUACCGUCCUCAGCAGCAGUGGGCAGCAGCAGUUCCUGCGGUGGCGGUGAUGUUCCUCCAGAGCUCGUUGUGAUGUUCGGUGCAGGUCACACUCUGGCUCUCAUGUUCUCCAGCGACGGAUUGCUGUACCGGGUGGCCAACAUGAGCCUGCAGUACAAUCUCAGUGACACCGCAACCUUUCCACAAUCCUCCAGCUCAAGAAUUGUGUCGGUGAUGACAAACGUGUCAGAGAUCUCUGCGAGGCUGAAUAGCACUUACAGGUGUCUGAGCUCCAUGUCCGUCAGUCUGAGCACCGAGGUCAACAUCACCUUCUCAGAUGUUCGCAUGGAGGCAUUCAUGAACAGAGCAAACCUCAGCACAAACGAGAGUGUUUGCAGUGCUGACCAGACGGUUACGACCACUGCUCCGACUCCAUCACCCAGAACCACCGUUGCCCCGUCACCCGUCCCACCGCCCGCACCGGAGCGUGGAAACUACACCAUCACCAACGGCAAUGGCACUGCAUGUCUGUUGGCGCUCAUGGGGCUGCAGCUCAACAUUACGCACCACUCAAAGUCUCUGAACAAGACCGUCAGUGAGGUCAUGAACCUGCAGCCCAACAGAACUACAGCCUCGGGGUCAUGUGGGGUCCCCAGGGCCACGCUGGUGCUGUCUGAGGAUCUCACCAACCUCACCUUCACCUUCACACUGAACCUGACCACACAGAAGUUUUAUCUGAGCGCUGUGAAUGUCUCUGCCUUCUGGCCUGACAUGACAGAUAGGUUUGUGGAGGGAAACGGCUCUCUGAACUUCCUGCAGUGCAGCGUGGGCCGCUCGUACAUGUGCAGUGCGGAGCAGAUGCUUGCUGUGGUGCCCACCUUCUCCAUCAACACCUUCAGACUGCAACUGCAGCCUUUCAACGUCACUGCAAACCGCUUUGCUGCAGCGGAGGAGUGUCGUGUGGACCAGGAGAACAUGCUCAUCCCCAUCAUAGUGGGAGCAGCUCUGGCCGGUCUGGUGCUGAUCAUCCUCAUCGCGUAUCUGAUCGGCAGGAAGAGGACACACGCCGGAUACCAGACCAUCUGAUUGUCUUUAUCAUCAUCAUUCUCAGUCUGCACUGUGACCAACUGCAGCUGGACACACUAGAGUGAGAGUGAGUGUUUGCUGUAAGGUCAGAGGUCAGCUGCAGCAGUCACUUGUAUGUGUGUGUUCUGUGCUGUGAGGUCAGCUGCUGUGGUCACAGGUGUAUGUGUAAAUGUGUGUGUACGUUUGCUAUGAGAUCAGCUGGAGCGGUCACUUGUGAGUGUGUGUGUUUGGUCUGUUAUGAAUGCAUGAAUGUGUUUGUGUGAAUGAUGAUUGCUUGAGUUCAGACGUUCAGCACAAACUGAACAAACCAGUUACUCUGACAAACGUUCACUCAUGGACAUCCUCAUCAAAGUCCUCAAAUAAUUUUUUAAUUUUAUUAUAAUGUUCUUUACUAUGUUCUUUUUGUUCUUAACAUGCUAAAUGUUUUCUUUUAGUGUUUGUAGUCAUUUUAAUUGGCUUUAAGUAAAAACAAUAGAAUUUUAUGACCUCAGCUUAUUUUCAUAAGUGUGGGAGUGUGUGUUUGUGUGUUCAACAAUUAAAAUAUGAUUAGCUCAGAAUAAAAAACCAUUACAGUGUGUGUGUGUGAUGCUGGCAUUAAAUAACACCUGAUAUAAAUAAUAGAUGUUUGUUCUUGUUGUUUCUCGGAACAUGAAACCUGAAAAGAGCCGCUGGUGAAUUACCCAUGAUCCUUCACACAGGCACACAUGAUCAGCAGGUGUAAGGGGCCAUUCACACAGAAAGAGUUAGUGCUGAAAAACACGAGACACUGCAGUGGAAUGGGAAAACAUGCAAGGCCUUUUAAAAGUUGAGCAAUGCAAUUUUAGAACUGUUUCAUGUAUGAGAUGCUGAAAAAACGGUCAAACACAAGCACAAAACAAUGGAAAGGCAGCACAGUGGAAUGAAAACAUUCUGUGUGAAUCAGCCCUAAAAA